AUGAAAAUAUCCCUUUUAAUUUAUAUAGUAAUAUUUUUUUUUAAAGAAAAUUUAGGUAUUAAAAUUUAUACAAAUGAUUCAGCAAUAUUUGAUAUAAAUAAGGUAUUUAAAAAUAAAUUCUCUUUACUAUACAGAAAAGGAAAUAAAUUAAACAAUUAUUUUUUUUCGUAUGUUACAAAAAAUGGGAAAAAUAAUAAGUGCUAUCAGUAUAUACAAGAUGCUUUGUAUGAUUCAAAUACACAGAUAAUGAAAGAAGAGGUGUUUAAAUGUUUGAAAACUAGUAAGGAUAUAUUACAUAAAACAUUUUUUGAUAUUAUAAAUAAAUUAUUUUUAUAUAUAAAAAAUGUCUUUUUAAAAAAAUAUUUUAUUUUCUUUCUGUUAUAUUUAAUAAAUUUUAAUUGUGAUAGUCUAGUUUCACAACUGAAUGAUCCAUAUGUAUUAAAUAAUUACAAUUUAAGUGAAAAUGCUACACCUGGUAUGUAUAAUAUGAAGUAUGAAGAAAUAGAAAUACCUAGUUUUAAUAAUAUUAAAGGUUGGCUAAUAAAAUCAAAUAAAAAAAGUAAUAAAUUAUUUUUACUAUUACAUGGAUACAAUAGCAAUAGACAAGCAUGUUUGUUUUUCUUAAAUAUUUUAAAAAAAUUAAAUAUUAAUCAUGAUACUAAUAUUUUUAUACCUGAUGUAAGAAAUUUCAAUGAUAAAGGUGUAGAAGAUAUAUAUAACAUUUUAAAUUACUUUAAGGAAAAUAUGGGACUAAAUGAUGUUAAUAUUUACACACAAUCAUCAACAAAUCUCCUUGUAUUAUUGUUGUCAAAACAUUAUAAAAAUAAAAUUAUUAAUAAAUCAAAGCAGAAAUUUAUAAACAAUAUUAUAUCAUAUAAUAAUGAAAAAAAAGAUGAAAACAAUGUAAUUUAUAUAGAUAAGUAUAUAUUUGAUUCACCUAUAUUAAAUUUACAUAAAACAAUUGAUAUUCAUUUUAACCUUAACGACAUAAAUAAAAAAAUAAAUCAAGAUAAGAAUAAUAAUAAUUAUAAUGUUAAUAUAUAUGAUAAGAAAGCAAUGUUUAAAUAUUUUAUUUCUUUUUUUAUGUGGUUAUUAAAUAAUCAAUUAAAAGGACAACUAUAUGAUUUUGAUUUUAAUAAAUUAAUCAAUGAAAAUAAUAUAAAUCCAUCUAAUAUAUAUAUUUUACAUUCUUUAAAUGACAAUAUUUCAUUAUUAAAUACAUUAACUCAAGAAAUAAAAGAAAAUAGAUUAUUACCACUAAAAAAUAUUUAUAUAUUUAAAAAUGGAAAACAUGCUAAUAUAUAUGAAUCAUCAAAAAAUGAAUAUGAUCUAGUUAUUAAAAGAAUUUUAAAAGGGUUUAAUUUAUUAGACCUCAUAUAUUAUAUUCCUAUGAAGUCUAAAAUGAGUACUCUUAAUUUUUAA